AUGGCUUUCUCGCUGUUUGACGCUUCAGGUGGGUUAAUGAUAUGUAACCCUUCCACUGAGCAAAUCGUCAACUUACCCGAUCCCGCCAGAUAUGUGGGAUACAACCUCAUUGAUGAUCAACACAAAUCACUAUCCAUGUCCUUGAGUAUUCCAUUUGGACCAGCUGAUACUCCUCGCACAAGGUGUUAA